GUCUCUUUUUGGAAAUGCAAGAUAGGGAAAAGAAAUUUAUAUCUUCGAAUGAAAGGGGUACAACCCGGUUUCCAAACUCUAUCCAGUCUCAUACUUUUUCUAUCCAUGCACCACCCUUCGAUCCCACGGCCUCUUUAGGGCUAGAAAUGCCCUCUGAAGUGCAUGGAAACACAAACUGGGGUUAUCAAGCCCCUUACAUGAUGGGAUAUCACUCUCUUAAGACAACGGCACCGUACACCGGUACUAUGGGUCACUUUCGAACUCCCACUAUUCCCAGUACACGGUUUGAUCCAAGGAAAGAGAAUACUGAAAAAGAAGGAUUAUCAGUUUAUGCUAAGCCUUGGCGACCUUUCUCCGAAGGUGUCGUUGAUGCCAUUACAGUAGACGAUAAGGUUAUCGAUUUUGCUCCGCCAUCAUUUUUAAAGGUACAACUAGGUGGAGCAGAGGUUUCUGCUCCGGCCCCCAUUAUUUCAAAAGAAGUAGCUGACAACAUUUUUGUUCACGUAACAACAGUAAUACCCAGAGCCAAUUUAUCAACCGAGUUCAAGCUUUUAUAUUAUCUAUGUGGCCGCUGCCCUUUAAGGUCUUUGUUUGGAAGGCUUUCCUCUCGGAAAGCUGAUGUGAGUCUGCGCAACAUUGCACCAGAUAUUCCUCCACUGUGCAUUGCGCAUUUAAUGGAGCAGCUUAUAAAAAUCAAGGUAGCUGCCAUCUAUUACAACGAAGCAGAUAGUUCGCAGUAUGAUGUAUGGUUCGAUAAACCGAACGUUUCUUCUCAUGUUGUUGAAGUGAUUAAUGAGCGCCUUUGGACAAGUCCUAUGUUUCAUGGGUUUGCGGUUCUUCUUAAAGGUGAGGAAUCAAAAACUUUUCUGAAGAAUUAUCUGGAUGAAUUAAAAAAAUCUGAACAAAGUAAAAAAUGCCCAUAUCCGCUCUCAUUUGUUGAAGUAAAGGAGCACUAGCUAUUUUUUCAUGCUCAUUGUCGAAUAAGUAAUCCACUGUUUUUUUUUGGGAGUAUUGUGCUUUAGUUAUCUUUUAUUGAAAGUUGUUUUUCUUCUACGAAAAACUUUUAAUUUUUUUUCCAAUUAUACCUAUUGAUCCAAAGACAAAAUUGGCUUCAUUUUCCUAUUUUUUGAAAUUCUUUUGCUCAACCUAGUCUUAGUGAAUAUUAUAUGACUCCGUCAUUUUCAUUUUAAAUAGUCGCCUUUUGUCUUAUAAACACUCACCUACAUACACACAUACAUACACGCCUAAAUGCAUAUACAUGACGAAGUUUAUUUUAUCCUUACAUGAAUUAUUAUCAAAAUUAGGAGUUGAGUGAAUUACUUCUGCACUCUUCAAAUGCGUACUUCUUAGCUUUUUUCCAUAUGCUACCUUUGCCUGAAUCCAGUUAUCGAGGCUCAUCGAUGCAGAGCCAUCUAGAGGGGAUCGUUUCUCGUGGAGGAACUUCAUGUUCUCCUUUUCCAAAUUUGUAUCAACUCCUUUUAUUACACAGUGGGAUUUUGAUUAUUUUUUUGAUGAGAUUUUGAUCACUAAGAAACAUAAAAAAUUGUUGAUUAGCGUUUUAUGUUAGUCAUUAAAAAUAAAAAUUUGAAUUUUUCUUUAAUUGCUUUCCUUUCAUGGGGAAAAGUUUUAAUAUUUUGCUUAUACUUAUUAAUAGUAUUUAACAUCUUGGCUAGCUUGUCAAUUAUAUCCAUCUUUUUAAGGCACGACCUAGAACUUGUCUUUUUUGUCGUUUUGCACACCCUAAUUCUGGUGGUUCUAGCAUACCAAUAAAGUUAUCAACAUCACCGGCCACGAUAACAUUGCUUAGGGAUUAAAAAUUGUGUUUCAGUCGUUGCAAGGUAUGCUAAAUUUUAUUUUCUAAAGCUGAAUCAGCCCAAGUAACAGUAUUUUUCUCCUAACCGCUGCUACAGAGAAGGUUUAUGCUCCUUUCUUAUUUAAGAAAUUUGGGAGCAGUAAUUAUAGCAAAAAGUGAAAUGUGUACCUUUAAGAAUUAGCUUUAUAACUGAUUCACGAGAAAGAAGCGCGUUUCUUUGACAACAGAACAGUUUUUUUUUACUUCGGUUGCCUAAAUCUGAGGGGUAAGUUUCUUUCAAAGUAGAUUUAGCAGAGGAGUUAAUAGAAAGAAAAUGAUGAUACUUGCUUGCACUUACAUAUUUAUCCCAUUAUUAUGGGCAAAGAGUUGCAGAUUCUCUUUCAUCUUGUUGAUAGAAUAGAAAAAGUGAAAUUACUAGCAGUUCCGGAUAGUAUUUAUAUCAAGCAAAUUGACGGCAGAAUAUGCAAAUUUAGCAAUUUCUUUUUUUUUGUUGUUCUGCUUUUACGCACUAAUAUGCCAUUUUCAUCGACUACUGUAUUCAAUGAAACCAUUUUUUUUUUUUUUGAAAGCUUUUGAUACGAUACUUUUGUCAUAGCUUAGACUACUACUAGCGAAUGUGUCAUUUUUUUCAACUCAUUGGUAUUAAUUUUGACCGUUCCCACUGAUUAAGCUACAAUCCUCAAUAUCGAUAACUACUUUACAUGAGAGGUUAUUUGACUUAGAGUUUCGUUCUUAGAAUACUCCUCUGAGCGUUUAUGGCCUUCUACUUUUGGUGGUAUGUUACUCAUUGAGGAAUACUCCACACAAUUUAACAAGAAGAAUAAAAGUUUAGAAUUAUGAUGACUAGAAACGAAUACGUCUCAUUUUGUGUCCAAAGGCAGCUCACAAGCAAGUCUUUCGUAAAGAUAGCGUUGACUAAGGAGUUUCAUUUACCUAGUAAAAACAGGAUAGUUUCUCCAAUGAAUGGUGAAGCUUCGUUGUGAAAUUUCCUUCUUGAAUAUCGUGAGUGAUGCUCGGUAAUGCGCCUUGCGUUGAAGCAUUUGUAGUAUUUACUUAAGUCAGUCUCAAUGAACAUAUUAAACUGCCGAUGGGUGUGUGUGGUCAUGCCGACUCCAUAUAAUUCUUUUGUUAAAGGUCAGGAUCACUUAGACCGAGACUGAUAAAAAGCUACUAGAAUAAUUUAACAAGUCAUCAGUAUUUUUUUUGUUAACAAUGUGAUCUAUGCUCAACUCCACACUGGCAAGUAAUGAAGCAACCGAAAGCAUUGCUCAGCUACUUGAUUCAGAACAUUGCGCAAUUGGUGUUAAACAAAUGCGUCAUCCUAUAGUCGUGUGCUUAAUGUUUUUUAAAUAUAUCAUUUUCUUCAAUAUUUUCCGUAAUGUUAAUGUCUAUGUGUGGUUUGUUCUCAUGUCUAGCACCCCUUGCGUUCCUUUCAUUCGUAUGGGGCAUAGUAUUGGAGCAUCUAAAUCAAGGCGAACCGUCGUCUUGUGUAACUCAUUUAAUGCCUAAUACUUUUCAUUCUUACGCAUCUAUGUUUUUACAGAAACAUUGUGUCUCGCAUGGUUCGCGUACUGCAAAGGUAGUUGUCUUUGAUUUAUUAGUUCUAGUCAACAUUUCAUGAUAAACUGAGCAUACAAGUUGUCUUUUUAGGCAUUUCCCUCAGCCCUACUUUCUUCUAUUUCUGCUAUACAUCUUAUUCUAUAUGGAUUUAGAUCUACCUUUAUCAUUAGAAGGUUAGUUUCGCUGGUUUCCUAUUUCUUGAGACACUUGAAGGAGAUAUGUACGAUGAUGGAGAACUCAGAACGGCUCUAGACUAUCUUUGUUCUACUUGGGUGAAGAUAUAGAGCCAUCUUUUCUUGCUGGAAAGCCUUUUGUGCUUUUUUGUUUAGUUACGCUCACUUCAUCACCCUGCAACACGGUGAGGAGGAUAAGCUUUCACAGAAUGAGAUCAUCUACACUCUCACUCUGUAAGUGCAGCUCCUGAGAGGUAUCGAGCAUAUAAGCAAGUUAAUGAUCUGAGUGAAAAUCAUGUUUAAUUAAUAAAUA